AUGCCGCAUCAUGAGAAAAUAUCCUCCAGGCAGUUCUUUUCGCCGUUCGGAGUCUCCACGGCCAGGAAUCUCACGCAGCACCUUCCGCCUGGCGAAAAUGCUGACAUUCUUCUCACUGAAUUUGGGGACAUCGGCGAUCUGCUAUAUACUUGCUCUCAAGAUCAUACGCGGGAGUUAGACGUCACGGCCAUUGAUUCCCAGGCUGAGAUGCUCGGCCAAAAGCUCCACAACUUGGCUGCCUCCCUUCAAACGUGGAAGGCGAGUCCCUACGCACAUUUUAUCCACUUCUGCGACUCGGGCACACUGCACGCAGUUGCUAGCAUGUGGAAGUUUUACUUGUCCGACCACGCCGAUGUCCUCACUAAUAUCGAAGAGAGAGGCUUAACAAGUAGUGUUAGUGAAGGCGUCGUGGAAGAGUAUCGGUGCAUGGUCCCAGACAUCCUGUCGAGCGCCGCCGAUGUCGCUCUUAUUCGUUAUGUGUACACGAAGACUGGGACGACCGCUACUAACCUGAAACUCCGCGACUUGCCCAAAUCUUCCAACCCGACUCUAGCAUCGCCAGACGAAACCUUCACGCUUCGUCAGCCCUUGAACCCAGUCACAGGCUUCCACCUUGCCGGUGCUACCAUUCCCUAA